CCGGUCCCGUCACGCCUCGCGGUGGCCGCCGGGAAUGGAUGGGCGCGCGAGCCUGUGCCGGAACCGGGCGCGCGGUUAGUGUGAGGGUUGCCGGCUAGGCGAGCGCGGGGCCGUGCGGUCGUUGUACCGUUCAAUCGUGAGUAUUUUAAGUAUGCGGUAAUACUGAAACUACAUUGGAAUUAUUGUAACCUGUUAUUGAGGUGAAGAAGAAGUGUGGAUCAGUCUCCCCUGGAGUGUCAGCAUCACAUUUCAGCCAUGGAUCAAGCUAACAACGGUAUGCCCCCCUAUGCACAAGGAUUAUCGUCACCACAAGGUAUCAUGACGCCAGGCAACACCAUAUUUAGUCCAAUGAUGCCAUAUGGCACAGGCUUGACUCCGCAGCCUGUCCAAAGCUCCAACAGCAUAUCUCUCUUGGAAGAACAGCAAAGACAGCAACAACAAGCAGCACAACAGUCCACAGCAUCUCAACUAGCAACCCAGGUUUCUUCUAAUCAACCGCCUCAGCUCUUUCAUUCACAGACAAUGACUACAACUAAUUUACCAGGCAUCACAUCUCAUUAUGCCUCACCAAUGACUCCCAUGACACCCAUAACUCCAGCUACUCCUGCUUCUGAGAGUUCAGGAAUUGUACCGCAGCUACAAAAUAUUGUGUCUACAGUCAAUCUGGGUUGCAAAUUGGAUCUGAAGACAAUAGCUCUUCGAGCAAGAAAUGCUGAAUAUAAUCCAAAGCGUUUUGCUGCUGUCAUCAUGAGAAUCCGGGAACCUCGUACAACUGCGCUUAUUUUCAGCUCUGGGAAAAUGGUGUGUACUGGUGCAAAGAGUGAAGAACAGUCACGUUUAGCAGCAAGAAAAUAUGCCAGAGUUGUACAGAAGUUGGGAUUUCCAGCCAAGUUUCUGGAUUUUAAAAUUCAGAAUAUGGUAGGCAGUUGUGACGUGAAAUUUCCUAUUCGACUAGAAGGCCUGGUGCUCACCCAUCAGCAGUUCAGCAGUUAUGAACCAGAGCUGUUUCCUGGAUUGAUCUACCGUAUGAUCAAGCCAAGAAUUGUAUUACUAAUAUUUGUGUCAGGAAAAGUUGUAUUGACGGGUGCCAAAGUUCGUGCGGAAAUCUAUGAAGCAUUUGAAAACAUCUAUCCAAUUUUAAAAGGCUUUAGGAAGACGACAUAACUUUAUUCAAAAGUAUAUUCUACUCUGAAGGACAGUUUCUAUUGCCAAUUGCCUUGCAUAGUUCGUACAGUUGAAGGUGUUCCAGCUGGUGUUCCAAUGCCUCAUUUUCCUGGGGUGAUUCAGACUUAUAUGCAACGAUUUUUGGAGUAAAUAUCAAUACCUUUUAACUACAAUACCAAUCUAGCCACCUUGUUACAGCAGCUCUUUUUGUUUAUAAAUCAUCAUCAGGACCUGAGCAUUCUCUUACCUAGAAUUUUAUCAACUGAUAGAACAUUUUGUUUUGCAUGUUAUUUAUAUUGAACUUUUUAUAAAUUGUAAGCCAUGUAAAUGUAUCUUAAAAUAUUUGAAGCUUAAUUUUUAAUUCAAUUUUACUUGAAGAUAUCCUGCUUUUUUCAAGCAUGAUCAAAGAUUAUGUACUGAAUUGUCAAGCAAAUGAGAUUUUUAGAUUAAAAUCUUUUCCCCAAUCCGUUGCCAAAAUUUACUAAUGUUGUGCUUGUGUUGAGACUGACCCAUUUGAAAUCGUGAUGAUAGCUUCCUUGAAGCUAAGUAAAACAUUUUGCAGUAAACACUAAUAUCUAAAAUUUCCCUGUUCCAUUGUUGAAACCUUUGGUCAUCCACCUUUGCAGGUCAUGUAUUGGCUCAGAUGGGAACACACUCCUCCACGUCGGAAGCUCGGUGGUGUAUGUCAUCAUACUGUACUGGUUACUAAUACUCAAACACCAAAGCAAAUCAAGAGUUCAUUGUUACGUUGUUUUUGGGAGUAGCUGUGUAAACUGCUUACAACAUUAUCAUUUUCAGGUAAUUCAUUGCCUGUAAAUUGCUUUGAUGUUCCCUAAAAUGUUAAGUUUUUUUUUAAUUUAAAUAGUUUUAAUUACUCCCAAAACAAGCUGUUAUAGUUUGAGAGCCAUUGGUUAAUUAAAACAAUGAGGUAAAUAAGUAGGAAAUCUCUUUAGAUCGUAUUAAAAGAUAAAUGUUAACCAGAACUCGAAUGAGAGUUGAUCACUCUCAUCGUGAUGUGGGGUCCUCUUACUUCAUCCCAAAACAAAGGCCCAGCCUGAGUUUAGAAACUCAUUAAAAAGUUAGUACUUCUGACAGUGCAUCCUUCCCCUCAACACUACACUGAAUUGUCAGUAUAGAUAACGUGGUCGUUUCAGGGGUAGACUUGCAUUCACAGCCGCUAAAAUUUAUUGUAACUGUUGCAUGACCAAGUUAGGGCAGCAGUAUGAUAUAAUUUACCUUAAGCUGUAUUCAUUUCAGUAGAUUGUUGCUUAUUUUAGCCAGCUUAAAUAAAAUAACUAUCGAUCCUUGGGUCUGGCAAUCAUUUACAUGGUUAUCAACAGCCUUUAUAACUUUUAUGUAGAGGUCCUAAAGAGAAGAUUCUGUUUUCUACCCUGAGUAUACAGUGUCAUGCAAAAGUUUGGACACCCCUGUUUAAAAUUUCUGUUUCUGUGAAUAGCUAAGUGAGUAAAAGAUGACCUGAUUUCCAAAAGGCAAAGUUAAAGAUAGAUAGACAGAUACUUUAUUCAUCCCCAAGGGGAAAUUCAACAUUUUUUCAGUGUCCCAUACACUUAUUGUAGCAAAACUAAUUACAUACAGUAUUUAACUCAGUAUAAAUAUGAUAUGCAUCUAAAAUCACCCUCCCAAAAAACAUUAGUAAAUAGCUUUUAAAAAGUUCUUAAAUAGUUUACUAAAGUGCAUUGAGUGGUAACUUAAGCUCAGUCCUAACCCUGGCACUUUAACAUGUCUUGCCCCUGGUGGUUGAAUUGUAGAGCCGAAUGGCGUUGGGGAGUAAUGAUCUCUUCAUCCUGUCUGAGGAGCAUUGCAUUGACAGCAACCUGCCGCUGAAGCUGCUUCUCUGUCUCUGGAUGGUGCUGUGCAGAGGGUUUUCCAUGAUUGACUGUAGCCUACUCAGCACCCUCCGCUCUGCCACCGAUGUCAUACUCUCCAGUUCUGUGCCCAUGACAGAGCCCGCCUUCCUUACCAGCUUAUUAAGACGUGAGGCGUCCCUCUUCUUAAUGCUGCCUCCCCAGCACGCCACCACAAAGAAGAGGGCGCUCUCCACAACUGACCAAUAGAACAUCUUCAACAUCUCACUACAAACAUUGAAUGACGCCAGCCUUCUGAGGAAGUACAGUCGACUCUGUGCUUUCCUGCACAGGGCAUCUGUGUUGGCAGAUGACACAUUUCUAUCUUUUACAGUUUCAAAAUAACAAAAAAGGAAAAGGGCCCGAAACAAAAGUUUGGUCAGUACUUAGUAACACCCCCUUUGGCAAGUAUCACAGCUUGUAUACACUUUAUGUAGCCAGCUAAUAACAGUCUUUAAUUUCUUGUUUGGGGGAUUUUCGCCCAUUCUUCCUUGCAAAAGGCUUCUAGUUCUGUGAGAUUCUUGGGUCAUCUGGCAUGUACUGCUCUCUAGAGGUCUAUCCACAGAUUUUCGAUGAUGUUUAGGUCAGGCGACUGUGAGGGCCAUGGCAAAACCUUCAGCUUGCGCCUCUUGAGGUAGUACAUUGUGGAUCUUGAGGUGUGUUUAGGAUCAUUAUCCUGUUGUAGAAGCCAUCCUCUUCUCAUUUUCAGCUUUUUUACUGAUGGUGUUAUGUUUGCUUCCAGAAUUUGCUGGAAUUGAAUUCAUUCUUCCCUCUACCCAUGAAAUGUUCCCCAUGCCAUUGGCUGCAACACAAGCCCAAAACAUGAUCGAUCCACCCCCAUGCUUAAUAGUUGGAGAGGAGUUCUUUUCAUGAAAUUCUGCACCCCUUCUUCUCCAAUCAUUUCUUUGCUCAUUGCGGCCAAAAAGUUCUAUUUUAACUUCAUCAAUCCACAGGACUUGUUUCCAAAAUGCAUCAGGCUUGUUUAGAUGUUCUUUUGCAAACUUCUGAUGCUGAAUUUUGUGGUGAGAAUGCAGGAAGGUUUUCUUUUGAUGACUCUUCCCUGAAGGUCAUAUUUGUGCAGGUGUGACUGCACAGUAGAAAAGUGCACCACCACUCCAGAGUCUGUUAAAUCUUCCUGAAGGUCUUUUGCAGUCAAACAGGGGUAUUAAUUUGCCUUUCUAGCAAUCCUACGAGCAUUUCUCUUGGAAUGUUUUCUUGGUCUUCCAGACCUCAACUUGACCUCCACCAUUCCUGUUAACUCCCAUUUCUUAAUUACAUUACGAACUGAGAAAACGGCUACCUGAAAACGCUUUGCUAUCUUCUUAUAGCCUUGUGGGCAUCAUUUAUUUUAAUUUUCAGAGUGCUAGGCAGCUGCUUGGAGGAGCCCAUGGCUGCAGAUUGUUGGGACAAGGUUUAAAGAGUCAGGGUAUUUAUAAAGGUCUGAAAUUUGCAUCACCUGGUCUUUCCUAAUGAUGACUGUGAACAAGCUAAUUAAUGUCUGAGACCUUGGUAAAAGUUAUCUGAGAUCUCAAAUCUUUUGGGGUGUCAAAAUUUUUGCAUGGUGCUCCUUUCCUUUUUUUCACUCUAAAAUUGUACAAAACAAAAAUAAUACACUCAUCUUGCUUAAAAGAAUGUUUCAUCUUUAACUUUGACUUUUGGAGAUCAGUCCAUCUUCUACACACUUAACUAUUCACAGUAACAGAAAUUUUGACUAAGGGUGCCCAAACUGUAUGUGGAUUGCUUGGCUGCUGUGCUAUUGGAUUGCCUCUGUCCCUUUGAAACCUAUUUUGAUCUUUGAAGGUGCACGUUUUGAAAUGAACAGUGGUCAAUUACUCUGAUUCCAUAAUGCUCUUUUUUUCUUUGAGAGAUGAGUUGAAGUCCAUAGCAAAUGAUGAGGAAAAGUAGUCAGUCAGUGUGUUCCAUGAAUGUUUUGAAAUAACUAGAGGUCAGAAAACCCAGAUGUUUCAAGGUUUAGAUUGACAUUUCCAGCUGGUACAGAACCUCAGUUGGCAUCACCUAGAACAUUCAACGUGUAUCAGCUAUGUAAUUGUAGUUCCAUUUCUUGAGCAUACAAAUUAGACUGGUACUUUACAAAUAAAAAUUUCUUUCUUUCUUUCCACAAUUAAAACAAUAGAAUGCAAGUUAGUGGAAGCUGAGAUUGAAUUACAGCAUUGUAGUGAGCACCUUCAAUGGUAUAUCCCUUUCUAGCCAAAAGCUGAAAUUUCUGCUGAGAAAAAAUAGGAAUAUGAGAAUAGGCAGAAGUUUCAGCUGUGAGAUUUGAGUGUGGGGAAAAAAAUGGAAAAGUUAAAACUGAAAAAUUCCUUCAGACUAAUUUGUCUCCCUUACCAACUUGGGGUCUUAUCUGAAUAACCUAUCCUGUAACUAACCAUCAUUGUCCCAAGUACGUUGCUGAGCUGUUGCUUGCCCUGAUAAAGAUAACAAUUCACCUGUGUUUGAGAUGUGCAGAAGAAUUUCUGCAUUUUAAUUUUUGUAGCGUGAACACCAGUGAAAGCCAUAUAUUCUUUUACCCACCCAUCUUGGCAAAUAAUGUGGUUUGAAUUAAACCAUAAAGGAGUCAGAGGGCAUGGAGGAAGAAAUAACACCGUAACUAACUUAACUGGCAGCUUUUUAUUCCAGACGAUUAAGCAAAAUGCUGGUUCUUUUGGCGUGCAUAGGUUUGCUGCAAAUAGAUAGAAAGUGCUGAUGUCAGUUGAUUACAAGUAACAGAUGAGUUUCUUGUAUUACGUAAUAACUUGUCAAAAAUUUGUUUUGACUGUUGUAGGGAUCAAGUGGAACUUCUAAGAUCCUUUCCUGAUUUGCCCCUGGUUUAUUUGAUUUUUCUCUCAUUUGGGAGUUUACUUCACUAUUGAUAAUCAUAAACAUGAAGGUUGUUAUAGGCGGAAAAGUAUUACAUUAAUUACGAAGUGUCUGUGUGAUUAAGCCUAAUGAAAACUGUCUGUCAUUUUGUAGGUUUGUACUUUCUGUUCUAAGUCUUAAUAUAAAUGAGUUCUGUAAUAUAACUUGCCUCUGUUUUAGUA